CUCGAUGGCACUUUGACGAUUUCUUUCUGCGCCGCAACUUUCUGCGCUCUCAAGGUGCGUGGUAGGAAAGUAACAUGCGCUACGCAUCCCUGCAACUCAACAAAAGCCGCCACGCGCCUUGGUCAGGACGUCUAACAGUUUGCCCAAGCACGCCGACAACAGGGCCCCGCGCGGCGGAGCUUCAACCCCUCGCGCCGAGCAGCUCGUUGGCAUCCGCUGCGGCACCCGCCGCGCACCACAAGCGCCAGGCGCCAGCAGCGCACAGCAGCGCCCGCAGCAGCAGCAGCCGGCGUGCUCCAGACUCCUUCGCACCCUCCGCCUCCUCCGCCUCGCCGCCUGCUAACGCCGGCAUGGCGACACGCGGCGCUCGCCGCCGCGGCGGCGACGCCGACUCCGCCGCCGCCACCGCACCUGUCGAUGACGCCACCGCCAUCGACGCCAUUUGCUCCCACGCGAUCCGCGUGCCGCCGCCCGCUGCAAAGAGCGGCGUCAGCCGCAGCCGGGCGGCGGCGCGGGUGCUGCUGGAGCACGUCCCGGCCUCCGCGCGCAUUGUGAUGCUGGGGGAGGCCACACACGGCACCCGGGAAUUCUACGAGCAGCGUGCCGAGCUGACAAAGCUGCUCAUCGCCGAGCGCGGCUUCACGGCAGUGGUGGUCGAGAGCGACUGGCCCGAUGCCGCCCGUGUCAACCGCUACGUGCGCGGCCUGCCGCGGCCGGAGGAGGCAGCGGCAGCUGCUGCUGACGUGGCGGCGGCGGCGGCGGCGGCAGCGGAGGUGCCCGCUGGGCGGGCGGGGGCAGGGAAGACUGCUGGACACAAGCCCGGCUACGACGCCAGUGCGGAGGAGGCCCUGUCGGACUAUAAGCGCUUCCCCAAAUGGAUGUGGCGCAACCGCACUGUGGUCGAAUUCGUGGAGUGGCUGCGCCGCCGCAACCUCGCCGUCCGCACCCAACAGCGGCACCGCGGCGCGGCAGCGGCACCGGCGGGCGCCGCCGCCGCGGAGGUGGACGAAGGCGACGAGGCCGCGGCGGCGGCGGCGGCCGAGGGCGGCGGCGGUGUGACGUACGGCGCGGCGACAGCGGCGGCGCAGUGCGGGUUCUACGGCAUGGAUGUGUACUCACUGCACAGCUCGGCGGAGGCAGUGCUGCGCUACCUGCGUGAGACGGACCCUCAGGCGGCGCGGGUGGUGGAGGCGAGAUACCGCUGCUUCGACAGGCACGGCGCCGACGCCCAGAGCUACGGCCUGGCGACCUCCAUCUUCCGCCAGGCCAGCUGUGAGGAGGCUGUGCGGCGGGCGCUGGCCGAGGUGCGGCGCCGUGUGGGCGGCUACCGGGAGGCGCCGCCGGGCGGCCCGCUGGCGCACGAGGCGGCGCUGGAGGUGGAGGCAAACGCGAUGGUGGUGUCCGGCGCGGAGGCUUACUACCGCAACAUGUUCAGUCGGGAGGAGGUGACGUGGAACCUGCGCGACCGCCACUUCCUGGCGGCGCUGCAGCUGGUGGAGGCGCACCUGGGCAGGCUGAAGCGCAGCGCGGCGGCGGCGGAGCAGGCGGCAGCGGAGGAGGCGGAGAAGGCGGGGGCGGGGGCGGAGGUGGCGGGGGAGGUGGCGGCGGGCGGCGCAAGCCAGGAGCUUCAGCAGCCCAAGAUGGUGCUGUGGGCUCACAACAGCCACCUCGGCGACGCCCGCCACGCCGACUCCGGCUGGCGGCGCGGGCAGCUCAACGUGGGGCAGCUGGUGCGGGAGGCCUACCCGCGGCCGGAGGUGUGGGCCGUCGGCUUCAGCACACACACCGGACACGUGACCGCCGCAGAUGACUGGGAUGAGCCCGCGCGGCGCAAGGCCGUGCGGCCCAGCCUGCCGGGCGCCUACGAGCACCUCAUGCACACCGCCGCAGCAGGAGGAGCGAAGGCGGGAGGAGGAGUGGCGGGAGGAGGAGCAGGAGGAGCGAAGGCGGGUCCGGGUGACGUGUUUGUCCUGGACCUGCACAGCCCGGAGCUGGCGGAUGCGCUGACGGGCCCCCGGCUGCAGCGCGCCAUCGGUGUGGUGUACCGGCCAGACACGGAGCUGCAGUCCCACUACUUCGAGGCCGACCUGCCACGACAGUUCGACCUGCUCGUCCACGUCGAAUCAACCGCCGCCGUACACCCACUGGACGUACUGCCGCAGCCGCCGCGGCGCGGCUGGCUGUUUGGAUGCCACGGCGGCGGCGGCGGCGAGGACGACUGGAGUGAGGCGCCGGCGGGCGGGGAGGCGGGCAUGGGUGAGACACACGGCGACAUGCCCGAGCUGUGGCCCAGCGGCGUGUGAAUGUGUCGGUGAGGCGGUGAGGGGGUGACGGAGGAGGCCAGAAGGAGGAGGCCAGGAGGAGGAGGCAUGUGUACGUGUGUCUAACGCCGCAGCUGACGGCUCUGAUCAGGAGUAGUACAGGUUGAAUGUCGCUGGGGCCGGAACGGGUGGCAAGUUGGCGGCGCCGCGGCGGCGGCGGGUGAGGAUGUGGCCCGUGGUGACUUUGUCCUGCUUUGUCACGCGGCGACUGUGUUACGUGCAGUUUGUUUAUGUGAACACCGGGGUUUGUGUUGCUUCAGUUGCGUCUACCGCAGCAGAUGGCGCGAUGGCGAGGACAGUCACUGGACGCAGUACCUCAACCGAGGGACGGGGUAGGCCGUGGUAGGCGACUGGUUAGCUGAUUGAAGC